AGUAAACCACAGUGACGCGCUGCUGGUGGAAAUUCCGCGCAGUCGCAGCAGUAAGAAGGGCUCGCGUUCGCGCGCUCACGAUUCACUUCAGAUAUUGCGGUUCUUCACACAGUUUACUGAAACAGAAAGCAGUGCUGGUCAAACCUGUCCGGCUGGGCCUGAAGGACGCUUGAAAACGAAAUGCUGCUCAAAAGAAAACCAAAGAGCUCUUUUGCCUUUUAUUUUCAAUGGAUUUUAAUAUCUCUUCUUCUCGGAGGAGUUGAAAUGCAGGUGAAACCUCUGAGAACAUACUACUUCACUGCCGGUCUGGCGUUUAAACUUCAAUGCAACAAUAUUCAGACUCAGAAUCAGAAUGUGAGUGUGACGUGGAGCUACAAUCAGGACCAGAAGCUGGAAAACAUCAGUGGGAUCAGCGUUAAACAUGAUGCUCUGUGGUUUCUGCCUGCACGGCCCUUUCACAAAGGAAACUACAGUUGUCUCAGCCGACAGGGAAAGGAAAGCUGGGUUACAGUGUUCAACAUAACUGUUGAUGAGGCAUCAUGUCCUCGUAUGAACAGAGAAAAUACAGCGCAGACUACAAGGGAACUGACCUGUAUGCUGGAACACAUUUUCCAGGUGGACCCGCAGGCUCACGUCACUUGGAUGAAGAACUGUAAGCCGCUAAAUGUGACCAACAGUAUGGUUCUGCCGAUGAACAGAUCUCCAGAUAAUGAAGGACUGUACACCUGCUUUGUCAACUUCACCUUCGAAGGGCAAAACUACUCUGCUGCCCAGACCACAAAAAUCUACAUCGUCCCCACAGAUUUCGUGGUGACGCAGCCCAAAGUCAUCUUCCCACAGCAGGAACAUCUCAAAGUGACACUUGGUAAAAGUUACAAUCUGAAGUGUAAAGCUCUCGUUGGGAAGAAUGGAAAAGAUGAAACGUUUUUGUACUGGUUGCGUCAGAUUCCUGGUUCUUCAGUUGAAUUACCAAACACCAGCGGACCUUUCUUUGAGGAAGACUACAUGCUGUCUACUCUGCACCUCUCAGACAUCACAGCUAAAGAUAUCAACGCUAACUUCACCUGUGUUAUUGAGCAUCCGGCAGGAAAUGAUUUUGGAACGGUGACGCUUAUUCCAGAUAACGAGCAAUAUGUUUGGGUCAUUGUUGGUCUGAUCGCUAUCUCCGCUGGUCUGAUUAUUUUGUCAGCGGUUGGAUUUUAUCUGUUUAAAGUGGAUCUGGUGUUAGCUUACAGAGGUCUAUGUUCACCUAUCACCACACACACUGAUGGAAAGUCUUAUGAUGCCUACAUCAGUUAUCUCCAUGGUGACGAACUUGGCCUCUCUUCCACUAUGACCUUUGCCCUGCAGUCGCUUCCUGCCGUCCUGGAGGAACUCUACGGUUAUAAACUAUUUAUCAGCGGACGAGAUGAACUUCCAGGGGAAGCCGUGCAUGAUGCCGUUGCUGACAGAAUGAAUCGAAGUCGACGGCUCAUCAUCGUUCUGACCUCACGCAGUUUUGAGUCUCGGAGCGCAACAGAGCCGCUGUUAUCUCACAGUGACCCGAGCGUGACACCCAUCCCCUCGGCCUCUCGGAUAUGGGGCACGUACGAGCAGCGGGUGGGUCUGUAUGACGCUCUAGUGAAGGAGGGUCUGAAGGUCAUCCUGGUGCAGGUGGAGGAUGGAGUCGAUGAGAAUUCUCUUCCAGAAUCAUUACAGUACAUCAGACGCACCAAAGGCAUCCUCAAGUGGAGAUCGGACUCCGACGGAGCUAACCGAAAGUUCUGGAAACAUCUGCGUUAUCAGAUGCCUCCGGCUCAGAGGAGGAAAAGUAAACAGAUGACGGAGCUGAAGGAUGUUUAACGUGACUGGUGCGGGUAUGUGAACGCUGAAAAAGAACUGUCUUCUGUUAAGGUCUUUUUUCUUAUUCAGGUCCACCACGGUUAUAAAACAAUCCGUUCUUGUUGAAGAUAGUUAGACGUGAACUGUGUAAUUAUUUCAGAAAUAUCUUUAUGUAAGUGAGCGGGUCAAAUUAAUUUAUAUACGUUCCCCGGAAAAUUUUAAUUCUCUCUUGAUUUAUUCUCCCUCCCUCAUUCUAUCCCAGAUGUGUGUGACUUCCUUUCUGCAACUAACACAAAUGAAGUAUUUUAUAUUAAAACUUUUAAUUUGGGGUUAAUAUCCUAAAGCUCCAAAGAGCACAAGCGUUUAUAAUUACAGUAAUGUGAAUGAUAGUAAAUGUAAAACGGAUUGUUUGUGGAUAUUCUGAGCUCAUUCAGAAACAGACUGAAUACUGCAGUAAGUUCUAAUAUGUUCAUAGAGAUGUCAAGAUCUUGAGAAUGUGUCAAGAAACCAAAAAAUCGGAAGUUGUUUUGCGUUAAUAUGUUGAAGAAACAAAGAAAGAAACUGAGCCAUUCUUACAGUAAGUUACUGUAGAUCAUGAAAACACUGAAUAAUGUAAUCUGUUUAACAGAAAAACUUUUCAGUUGAUUUAUGUUUUAUUUUAUGACUAAAACAACUUUUUUUACUUGAAAUAAAUUCAUUUAUUUAUGUAUAUAAAUAUAUAUUUAUGAGAUCAUGUGAACUGCUACAAACGUGCCUUAAAAUCUUCUGUAAAUGCAGCCAUGUUGUCUAUUCUCUGUUGUUGUUUUUCUUCUGGAUCAAAGGAUUGCUUUUUAUUUGUUGUUAAACGAUUUGUAAAGAUGUGUGUCUGCCAGCACAGUUGUGACCGCGGCUCAUUUCAGAAUUGUAGUAUUUUUUUAACAGUGAUUGAAGCGCGUUCCUGUCCCGUGAUAAAAUCAAUGGAACAUGGAAUCUCUCAUGAUUGAUUGUUUUAUUUUGCACUUGGAUGGUGUGAAACUUUGUGAACGCUGCCUUCGCCAUGACCUCUCUCAACCAAUAAUAGAGAAACAACAGAAAGCGUCUUGUCUUGUGGCUUUUGUUGGAGGCGUUGAACAAGUUUUGCAAGCUUGUGUUUUUUGAGUGGGUUUUAUUCUGUGUGACUUUAUUUCCACCUACUGUAAAUUUUUCACACAAGCUGUCAAUUCUGUAGAACUGAUGACUCAUUCUCUGCUAAUGUACCUCAUGUAUACAUGUUUAAAACAUUUAAUAUAAAGUAAAAGAGCCUUGAUGAUGUU